UGGGCACUCUGGAACGUGUAGUCUCGUCCUCCCUUCGGCUGCGGCGUCAGUGACUUCCGCCUCCGGCAAGCACAGACCUCGGGCGACCCUUGGCGAAAGACUCGCGAGACGGCGAAUCCGGUUGGCAGCGACGCCAACGUUUAUUUGCGCGCGGGCGGUGCGCUCAGCGCCUUUGCAGCCACUAGUGCAUAGGCGGGGUUCGAACCUGAGCGGACGCCGUUUCCUGGUUUCUCUGGGCGGAGGGGUCCGGGCGCGCCCCAGACAGGCAGACAGACGCGGCAGAGUGUGUUCAGCCGAAGAGGACGGGGAGAGAGAGUCCAGCGUAGUAGCCGAGUCAGACCUUAGGGGGCCUGGGUUAUUAUUACGGGCUGAGUGCUCUAACCUGGUGCUUCGGGGCUGGGGUUCUGGAAUCAAAGACGUGGGUUUCAGGCUCAUUUCUGUAACUUCCUGACUGUGUGACCCUCCUUGGUUUCAGUACUUAAAACUCGGAGCUUCAGGGGGUUUUACCUGUAGAGAUCACACUACCCCUGUUAUUACUAGAUUAAGAAUAGACGGAGAAAUGUGUAUUGCCAGGUGCUCAGAGAUUGGUGGCUGAUAUUAUUUCAAAAACAAGCAGACAGGACAAGGAAUAUUUGGGGUUGGAAGUUGGGUUGGGGCUGUGCAUUGACCUGGAAGGUCUCUAUCUCUUAGGUAGACGGUGGGCGGGGGCCCUUGGCAUCUUUUGCAGUCUUGAACAACUUGUGCCUUUAGAAACCUAAAGGGCACUUCCUAUUUCUGGAGAUCAGUCUUCCUGUCUGUCAGAGAGAGAGAGAGAGAAUCCGUUUACUCUGGCGGUGGUGGCAAAGGUUCCUCGACCAAACUCUACUUAGGUUACUCUGAACUCUCAACAAGGCCUUGGCUUUUGGACUUCUGUAUUCAUUUAAGCAUCGCCCAAUUUUAGCAAGAAUCCAGCAGGGUCACUUUAGCCAAUACCCCAACCCUUGAUACCUGAUUGGGUUCUUCACGCCCCAGCGUCCCUCAGGUGAUGUCUGAUCACCCCGGCUUGCCUUCAGGAAGAAUCCUACUAGGUUGAUUUUGUCAGAAUCCCUCGAUGUUUCCUCUUACUAAUUUUCCAUCCUCCUCCACCUUGGCUAUAAAGCCCCACUUUUCCUUGUUGUACUUGGAGUUGAACUCAGUAUCUCUUCCUUACUGCACACCCCCUUGCAGGGGUCCCUGCACCUACCUCUGGUCUGGAUAAAGCUUUACAUACCAUUGUGUAACACAUGAGUCACUUUUUCCUAAACAGUGAUUGAGAAAGUGCACUCCUCAUCUGUGCCUUUCUCCCUCUUUGUGUCUGCCUCUGUCUCUCUUUCUCGCACAGGCUGGCUCUCCUCUGCAUGGUUGGCUUCAGCCCUCAGUAGGGCUGAACGGAUUUUUGAGGGGAGAUAGAUAUUUUACCUCUGUUUCUCUACCUUUAGCUUUGGCCUCGUGCCCUUUUGGAGAAAGCUGUUGAAGAAAAUAUUGAAGCUAAGGAGAUGCUGGUGGAGCCCAGGUGAAUGGAGGGUCUUUUUGUGUAAAUAUUCUCCACCUAAAGGAACAACUGCAUCACUCUCUCCCCUCCACUAUCAGCACCUGCAUCAUUUUCUACGACUAUGUAUGUACGUCUUUGUGUGCGCCAGACUCGACCUGGAAGCAUGUUGUUAAACACCAAGAGCAAAUGUGAGCUGAAUCGAUGCCUUGUCUGUGACGAUGGAACCAUGGCAUCAGUCUGAAGGGAACUUCCCCUCUGUCUUCCGAGAAGCAUAUGUGUGGGUCGCUCAGUUGCUUGCAAACUUCUAGCCCUGAAAACAUCACUUCCAGUGUCUGGCCAGAGGUACAGGGAGAGACAGAUUUGACCUUUCAGGCACAAGAAAGAGCAAGACUUGCCCCAGACAAUGGCGACCACACCUGGUCUCCAGCCUCCACCACCCCUGGAGCAAGACGAGAUCCUGAUCGUGAAGGUGGAGGAGGAUUUCUGCUGGGAAGAGGAGCCUUCCCUGGAGACAGAAGACCCCAGCCCUGAGACCUUCCGCCAGCUCUUCAGGCUCUUUUGUUACCAGGAGGUGGCCGGACCACGGGAGGCCCUGAGCCGCCUUUGGGAGCUGUGCUGCCGCUGGCUGCGGCCUGAAUUGCGCACCAAAGAGCAGAUCCUGGAGCUGCUGGUGCUGGAGCAGUUCCUGAUGGUGCUGCCUGGGGAGAUCCAGGCCCGGGUGCGGGAGCAGCAGCCGGAGAGUGGUGAGGAGGCCGUGGUCCUCGUGGAAGGGCUGCAGCGGGAGCCCAGGAAGCAGAGGCAGCGGGGCCUGGAAGUGCUCCCUGAUGAUGUACUGCCCCACGGGACAGGAGAACAGUGCUUGAAACACCAAGUGGAGGCUGAGCCAGAGGAGCUGUCUCUGGAGGAAGGGUCUGGAUGCUCCAGCCAGCAGCCCCCAACCCAACUGAGCCACACACCAAAGAGGAGCCCCCAGCUCUGGCCAAAGAGGCGCCCGGUGGCCUCCCAGCAUCAGGAGACGGCACCGGCCACAUCCUUCGUUUCAUCCUGGUCCCUGCAGGUGCCGGUGACCUUGGAGGACGUGGCGGCAUACCUGUCCCAGGAUGAGUGGGAGUGCCUGGACCCGGCUCAGCGGGGCUGCGUCUGGGAUGUGCUGCCCGACAGCGGGGGGCUUGGGCUGCAACUUGAGGAUGGAGAGGGCGCCAGGCAGGACGUGCUGACGAGAAGGGAGCAGGACCGAGAGCUGGUUGGGGGCAUGACCAGGCCUGAGCAGUCUCUGGAAAGAGGAGGACCCCGGUGGAGUGAGAAGCCGUACGCGUGCCCUGAGUGCGGCAAAGGCUUCAGUAAGACGUCCCACUUGACCAAGCACCAGCGCACACACACCGGGGAGCGGCCCUACAAGUGUCAGGUGUGCGGGAAGGGCUUCAGUGACCGCUCCAACUUCAGCACGCACCAGCGGGUGCACACGGGCGAGAAGCCCUAUGCGUGCGCGGAGUGCGGGAAGCGCUUCAGCCAGAGCUCCAGCCUGGUCAUCCACCGCAGGACACACACUGGCGAGCGGCCCUACGCCUGUGCCGAGUGUGGGAAGCGCUUCAGCAACAGCUCCCACUUCAGUGCACACCGGAGAACGCACGCAGCUGAGAAGCCCUUCGUGUGCCCGGCCUGUGGCAGGGGCUUCCGCCGGGGCACCGACCUCCACAAACACCAGCGGACCCACAGCAGAGAGCAGCGCCCCCCAGGCCAGUGGAGCCCCACAGCACGGCUCCGGGAGGCCCCUGGGCCAAAGCCUGGCCGCCACUCAUUGAACUGUCCAUUUCCGGGAUCCGUUUCAGAAUUUCGAGGUCACAGUUCAUGAAGCUGCUGGAGCUGUUUCUGUUGUGGAACCAAAAUCCUAACCUUAAGGCAUUUCACACUGAUCCCAUUUGCCCCUGGUGUGGGUCCAGCUUGUGGCGGUGGGACAUUUCAGGUGCUCAGGCCCAGGGAGGAAUCUGGACACGGAGUUUGGCAGUGACGGCUAGAUACCAAGCCGGGUGUAUGUGGGUCCUGGGGCUGCUGUACAAAUGGCCACCACCCGGGUGGCUCAGCACCACAGGGACAGACUGUCACAGUUCAGGAGGCCAGAAGUCCAAAACCAAGAUGUAGGCAAGGCUGCCUCCUUCUGGAGGCCCGGACGGAGAGACCAUCCCAGGCCUCUCUCCUGGCUUCUGCUGUUGCCGGUGUUCCUGGUGUCCUUGGCUUGUGGCCACAACACUCCCAUCUCUGCCUCUCCCGUGUCUCUGGUGUCCUCUUGUAAGGGCACAGUCCUUCCAUUUAGGGCGCCUAAUCCUGAAUGACAGCAUCUUAACUAAUUACAUCUGCAAAGACCCUGUUUCCAAAUCAGGGCACAUUCUGAGGUUCUGGAUGGACAUGAAGUUGGGGGACACUCAUCAGUCCACUUCAGGGAAACCUCAGUGGCUCCCAUUCCUUACUGCAUUAACAUACCCCAGCCUUCCCUGGUCUCCCCCCCUUCCCCUCCAGCCUUGCCACAUUUUUCAAAACAUAGCCUGUGGGGACUUGUUCCGUAUCCCAGUGGUGUCGGCGGGCAGUGGGAUGAGUUGGGGGUCACCUGCCUAGAGCCACAGCUGUUCUAAAGGACAGAUGACUCAUGUGAGUACGCUUCCCUGAUAGCCCAUCUUCCGACCUCCGCAGGCGUGUGAGGAUGCCUGUGGAGAUGACUGACAUCUGUCCCCCCAGCAGGAGCCAGGGCCGCCUUUGCUCCAUCCCCAAGUGGCCAGGACAGAGGCAGCGUUGGUUGCCCCACUUUGUCCCUCUGCGGUGGACAUGCUUCUGAUCUGUGCACAUCCACUAUCUCCUGGGUGGCUGAGGGGAACAGUAUAGAGUACUUGUUCCAUUUAGUCAUCACUGAAGUCUUGGGGGCAGCUGCUGAAACCACUGGGUUCCGGAACAUUCCACGCAGGGAGUAUGGCAGUUUCCCAUGGCUGGGUGGCCUUGGACCUCAGGCUGUGCUCCAUUCUAUUUGUCACCCAAUAACUGUAUAUGUUUUCACCUUCCAGCGUAACCCAGGUUCCAGGGUGCAUGACCUACUCUCUGUUUCCCUAAUAAACAAAGCGGGUCCUUCUG